AUGAUUGGAAACAUUGUCAUCAUUCUGGUGUCCAUAUUAGACACCUGUCUCCACAGCCCCAUGUACUUCUUCCUCAGCAACCUCUCCUUCCUGGACAUGUGCUACACCACAAGCAUUGUGCCUCAGAUGCUAAACAACCUUGGGGGCUCCACAAAGACCAUCAGCUACAUGAGGUGUGUAGUUCAGCUUUAUUUCUUCCACACAAUGGGGGGUACAGAGUGUGUCCUCCUGGCUCUUAUGUCCUUUGACCGAUAUGUGGCCAUCUGCAAACCACUGCACUACACCCUCAUAAUGAAUCGACGUACCUGCCUCCUGUUAGUGUCCACUGUGUGGCUGACUGGAAUUUCCUAUGCUGUCACAGAGGCCACUGUGACACUGCAAUUGCCUCUAUGCAGCCACAAUAAAAUGGAUCAUUUGGUGUGUGAUAUUCCAGUUCUGAUAAAAACUGCUUGUGGUGAAAAAGAGACUAAUGAGCUUGCUCUCUCUGUGGUUUGCAUUUUUCUUUUAGCUGUUCCUCUGUGUUUAAUUCUUGCCUCCUAUGCUUGUAUUGGACAUGCUGUCUUUAAAAUCAAAUCUUCAGAGGGAAGGAAAAAGGCCUUUGGGACAUGUUCCUCUCAUCUCAUUGUAGUUCUCUUGUUCUAUGGUCCAGGCAUUAGCAUGUAUCUUCAGCCUCCCUCUUCUAUUACAAAAGACCAACCCAAGUUCAUGGUUCUCUUCUAA